AUGUCUCGAAACAACCUCGAUCAUUUCGUCGCGCGCACCAAGGCCAAGCUUGCCAGUGCCAAGGGCAAGAUCACCGCCAGCCGCGAUCAGCACCUCAAGAAGACGUCGGAGUUGCUCUCGCAAUUUGGCUUCCCACCCGUCAAGGCAAAACUGACAAAAAUACACCCUUCUCUCAUCAUGUAUCAAAACGCCGGCUUUCAAGACCACCAAGGGGUUGGGGUCCGCCAGAUGCCGCUUCCUCUUGAGACCACAAUCCAUAUCCAGGUCGGUGAGAGUUUCUCAGUGGUCAAGGAGAUGCGCUUCCGUUCAUCCUCUCAUCUCGUGGCGAGUCUGGGACAUGCCAAGGCCGCCAACAGCCACAUCAAGCACUUCGCCGAAGAGGUUCUCACCCGCGACGACCCUCGAGCUCUUGAGCGUCGAGAUGAAAACGGAGUUGUCAAAACCAAUCAACUCCUCCUUGUAGCAAGGACCAAGUGCUACGGAAACUAUGAGCAGCGUUGUUGCCAAUACGCCUUCCACCGCACGCAGCUCACCGACGCCGCAAUGAGAGCCUUGAUUGUCCACAUUGACCGCUCCAUGGCCGAAUUCUACACUGGCAUCGACAAGUACUUCAAGUGGGAGCCCACAGCAUGUACGCAGUCGGACAACUACAAGCCGACCAUGUAUGAUCCUGCAACAACCGAGGUUGCGCCAGUGAUCUGUGUCCCCAACAACGACGAGGAAUGCGGUUACGAUAUCGCCGUCGACGUCAAAGACUGGCGCGAGAACCAUUUCCGCAUCAUCGAAAGCGAGCUCACUACUCCUCUCACAGCCGACGCUGCACCAUACCUGGAACAUGUCGUCAGAGACGCUAUCCAGGAUGCUGUCGAGGACCAGGACUUUCGCUAG